AUGGAGCUGCCAUUGAGUCAACGUCACUUCUCAGGGACACUCCUGCUUUUGGUGAUGUCAAACCUGCUGCUGUGGGAGAAAGCUGCAGCAAUUCUGCCAUGUCUUGCCAAAGAGGGAGGCUGUACGGAACCCCUUGUGGAAACAUUUAAGAAUACCAUCAAUAGAGCUGAAUCAAUCAGUAAUCUUGCUGAGCAAAUGAAUGAAGAAUUUUUCCGCAAUGACGGCUCUUCCAUAUAUUUUAGGAAUUUUCUUUCAAAAAUGAUUAGGGAGGAUUAUCGUAGCUUCAUGGCCAGAACUCACUGCCACUCCAGCAUCGCAAACCCUCCAGAUUGGGGAACUGAACACACAAAUAUUGCAACCGAAAAAUAUUUAAAAAUGCUGAUCAAUUUUGUGGGUGCCUGGGAUGCCCCUCUGUACCAUCUUGUGGUUGAACUGAGUGCCAUGGACGAUGUUCCUGAAAGUAUCCUUUUAAAAGCCAAAGAGAUUGAAGAGAACAACAGAGAACUCCUGGAUGAUCUUAGAUGGAUAUUCACCAAGGCCUAUCCUACAGAAAAGAUACAGGAAAAUUUCCCACGCUGGCAACAUCUUCCAUACAUAAAAUCAAGUCUCAGAAAUGAUCAGUUUUGGGCAAUAUUUAACCUUUGCAGCUGCCUAUGCGAAGAUAUAUAUUUCACUUUAUUUCAUCUCAAAACACUGAUGUGUCGAAUAACCAGGGAAAACUGUUAA